UCAAUUGCAAGCCCACCAGCCAAGACCGCAAAGACAGCGCCAGUCGCAGAAAGAGCUAAACGCUCAAAAUAAAAGUAUCCAACGCAAAAGAAAAACAACUGCUUCUGCAAAAUAAAAAAAAAACACACACACAACAAAUAAAUAACAACAAGAAAACAAAACAAAACCAAAACCUAAACCCGAAUUAAAAGCGUGUACGUAUUCGUCGUCGUUGCCAACCGUCGUCGUCGCCUUAAACAAAUUUACUUAGCCAACGUAGCAACAAAUACCAAAAGCAUCAAAUAUGAGGAAGCUAAGCACACAUCAAAUUGCAGCAUUGGUCUUCUGCAGCGCCGUUUGCCUGAUAAACGCGUCUCCCCUGCCACAGCCCGCUGGCAAUCAAGAAUUAGAUAUGUUGCAAAUACCACUGGCAAAUGGAAAGGAAAUCGAUGUUCUAACAAUUGGGACCAAAGAUCAAGAACAAUUGAUAGCCGAUCGCAAUAAAAGAACCAUUGGGCUGCUGCGUGAACUCUUUCCCGACAUAACCAAGAACGGCGCCACCGAUACAAAAAUCGAUCUCUCGGCGAUUAACAAACAACUCGAGGAAACCAUCAGAGUAGCUCGUCAGGUGAAGGAAGCCGAAGCCGCCGCAGCUGCCCAGACAGUCAUCAGUUUGCCCGUCUCCCAGGCGCCAAUUCCCCUUAAAUCGAAUGAGCCCAUCCAGCUGAGCUUUAACAAUGAGCUGAACACCGUGAGUGCCGCUGGCAGCGGAGCGUCCGGUGUCAAGACAUUGAGCACCAACGACUUGCAGCUCUCAGAAUCGAAGUCGCCAGCCAUCGAUGAGCUGUCACUUGACUCCACUGAGGAUACGGCCGAUCUGGAUGAUCGUAACAAGAGUAAUCUAUUCAAAAGGUUCCUGAGCUUCGGAGGUGCUGGACUCGCUGGAGGAUCAAGUGGCGGAGCCGCUGGCGGCGGUGCCAGUGGCAACAGUUUGGGUGGCGGCGGAUCUGGCAACUUUUUGCUGGACGCAGUGCGCCUCUUCUCGGGCAGCGUGCAGACACAACAGGGCGAUGAGGCGGCCAACAGUGUGAGCGGAGGAUCGAGCAGCAGCGGCGAUGAAACCGAUGCGGGCAGCGACAGCACACGUGCCUCCGAUGGCUACACCGAAGGUAUUCCCGGCCCUGUGACGCGUCUCGUCGUGCUCGCCAAUCGUGGACUGGCCAAUUUGGUGCAGGACUUGAUUCUGCGCGUUGCCGCCACCAGUGAGAAGUUUGUGAACUUCAAGGCUAAAUUGAUUACGGCACUAAUCUAAGCACAUCUUGGCCACGUCCUCAGCAGCGUCUACCGCUUUUCAAGUCUGGUCAACAACAAACGCAACAAAUUACAUACUCACAACAUUUACAACAAAGCACUCUCGAUACUCUCCCCAUACACAACAUUCAUGUUGUUGUGUGCAUUGUUUCUUAUUUUUUUUUGGACAACAACAAAAUAAAGAUAAUGACCAUUUUUAGCAAAAUUUAACGCGAAAUAAUAGUUUAAACAUUGUAAUCAAAAUUGACGUUACAUGGAAGGAAACUAAGAAGAAAUUUAUUUAUUUUUUUUUGACGCGAAAAUAAAAUUAAACAAAUACAAAAAAAAAAACGAAAAAAAAAUACACGAAAAUCAAAUCUCUUUCUCUCUAUCUCUCUCGCUCUCUUUCUAUAUAUAUAUACAUAUAUAUAUAUAUAUAUGUAUCUCUCUUCUCUCAUCCUUAACUAUUUCACACUGCCAACUUUUGUAAAUAUUUUGCUACUACCUUAGUAUGGAUGGACUCAUUAUGCGUACGCAAUUUUCCUAAACGUUCCAUUAAUUUCCUUAAUAUUUUGUUUGUUUUUUUUUUGCAAAUCAUGACUGUGGUGUCUUACUAUUAUUUUUAAACAAAACAAAAAUCAAAUUUAAUUUUAUGUAUCAUAUGUAGACCGAAAGAACAAAAAAAAAGAAGAAAA